GUACACGCAGGAGUCAGAAACUGUUUUAUUCUGGCAAUGUUUUACUGCUCUCUACCGGCGCAAGGAAAGUAUGACAGCAAAGAUGGCGGCGUCCAGGAGCAACGUGGAUGAAAUUCGUGAUCGAGUAAUAUUGGGUGAAUUUGGGGUGAAAAAUGUCCAUACUACAGAUUAUCCUGGAAAUUAUCCUGGUUACGAUGACACAUGGGACCUGGAAAAUUUUAAAAAGAAUUUCAAGAUCGAUAUUAUUCACUCGGAUGAAACCACGUUGGAGUUUGAUAUGAUUGGAAUAGAUGCUGCUAUAGCAAAUGCUUUUCGCCGUAUAUUACUUGCUGAGGUACCAACAAUGGCAAUUGAAAAAGUGUUCAUUUACAAUAACACAUCCAUUAUUCAGGAUGAGAUUUUGGCACAUAGACUUGGUCUAGUGCCCAUUAAAGCAGAUCCUCGUCUUUUUGAGUACAGAAAUGCAGAGGAUCAAGAGGGCACGGAAAUCGACACAAUUCAGCUUCAGCUGAAGGUAAAAUGCUCCCGAAAUCCUAGAGCACCUAAAGACACUGCAGAUCCCAAGGAGUUAUAUCUCCAUCACAUGGUGUACUCGGGUGACAUUAAAUGGGUCCCUGUUGGAAACCAAGCCGAUGUGUUUGCAGAUGCCAAGAUUGGCCCUGUGCAUGAUGACAUUCUCCUGGCACAGCUCCGACCAGGACAUGAACUUGAUAUAGUCAUGCACUGUGUCAAAGGAAUAGGCAAGGAUCAUGCCAAGUUUUCUCCAGUGGCAACUGCAAGUUACAGACUUCUUCCUGAAAUCACAUUAUUAGAGACCAUCGAGGGGGAAAAGGCAGAGAGGUUAAAGCGCUGCUUCUCACCUGGAGUUAUUGAACUUGAAAAUGUUAAUGGAAAGCAAGUGGCUAAGGUUGUCAACAGUCGUUUGGACACAUGCAGCAGAGAAGUUCUCCGACACGACGACUUGAAGAACUUGGUGAAACUUGGAAGAGUGCGGGAUCAUUUCAUAUUCACAGUUGAGUCGACAGGGAUACUGCCUCCUGAAGUCCUGGUUAGUGAGGCCAUUAAUGUACUCAUUGCUAAGUGUCAGAAGUUUCUCACAGCACUUGAUGCAACAGACAUGGACUAAAUAGAGAAAUUAAGGGCAGUAACAAUCUGCCUACUACCUGGAAUGAAAAGGACCAUGUAUCAGUUAAAUAAAUGGUGUGAUUGGUUUCAUGAAUCUGUAUGUAGCUUUUGGUCUAAAGCUUUCCUUUGUGAAUUCACACCAAUUCCAUUACCACAUGCAAACCAACAACUGAACUUUAGCAGCCGCACCAUUUAUUUCAUUCUUAGGACCGUAACGGCCUGAAGACUAUGCUUAAUGUCUAUGUUAUCUAUGUUAAGUUUACUCUCUAAGCAAUGUAAUAGCAGAGGUGAAUAGUGAAGUAUUUUUACUCAAGUAGCCUACAUUUUUCAUUUUUAUUUGGUGUUUUUCCUUUGAAAAAUGUGUACUUGGGUUAAUUCUAAAGCAUAAUAUCAUAAUUUUUACUCAUUUGCAUUUCAUAUUAAGUUGUGUUUAAUAAUUAAAUGCAUUUUAAAAAAUCUAGAACUUUCUUACUUAAGUAAAAUAAAGUUUACUGGAGUAAAAGUAAGAAAGUACUAUAUUUUAAAUGUACUUGCACAUUAAAUUAUUCAAAUCAAAUAAUAAAAAAUAUAUUUAUAAAAUAGUGAUGUAAAAAGUAUAGUAUUAUGCUUUGGAAUAAAGUGAAGUAAAAGUUUUCCAAAGAAAACACUGAUAAAGUGUACAGAAUUGAAAAUUCUAUACCCAAGUUGUGUAAAACUACUUUAUUGUCCACUUCUGUUUAAUAGUCAGUUUAUUAUGACUAUUACAAAUAUAAUGCUGUAUAUCGCAUUUGACCAGACAUAGUGACAUGUUUAUGUUUUCCCAUGUGUAUUAAAAUCUUUGGUUUGUGUCCAUGA